GUCAGACCGGUUUUCAGUCACUGUUUCUGUGCCGCUGAACAUAUUUGGGGAAGCCCUCGCAGCCAGAAGUUCGAACUGAGGAGGCUGAUUUGGUUCUGAGGACGGUGUAACUGGGUGUGUUUUGGAUAACAUAUCUUAUGACAGAAAUGUGGGAUUUUUGAACAUUGGAUACUGGACGAGGACAUUAAAUGUGUCUGAGCUCAUCACUGGAAGGAUAAGACAGCUCAGUUGCGAGGUUUCAGCGUCUGCACCAUGUUCUCCUCUGCUGUCCCGCACAAAAACCAGCACUACAGCGAACUGAGGAGGGACUGCAUCAAGGACAAGAAACUGUUUGAGGAUCCAGAGUUCCCAGCCAGCAAUGCAUCGCUGUACUUUAGGAAACCUCCUCCUGGUUCUGUGGAGUGGAAGCGGCCAGGGGAAAUAUGUAAUGACCCCCAUCUGUUUGUGGAGGGCAUCAGCUCCCAUGACUUGAACCAGGGCGUUGUGGGAAACUGCUGGUUUGUUGCUGCCUGCUCCUGUCUGGCUUUGAAGCCAAACCUCUGGAAGAAGGUAAUUCCUGACCAUAAGGAUCAGGAGUGGGAUCCAAAACACCCAGAGGACUAUGCUGGAAUAUUCCACUUUCAGUUCUGGGUGUUUGGCGAGUGGGUGGAUGUGGUGGUGGACGACCGGCUGCCCACCAUCAACGGAGAACUCAUCUACUGUCACUCGAAAGACAACAACGAAUUCUGGAGUGCUCUGCUGGAGAAGGCCUACGCCAAGCUCUACGGCUGCUAUGAGUCUCUGGAGGGAGGAAACACCGGAGACGCUGUGGUGGAUUUCAGUGGAGCUGUGGCUGAAGCCAUCAACCUGGAGACAGAAGCAUACUAUAAGGACCAGAAAAGACUAGACCAGCUGUUUGAAGAUCUGCUUAAGGUCUACGACCGCGGAGGAAUCAUUAGCUGCUCCAUUAAGGCACAGCCUCAUGAAAUUGAGCUCAAGAUGGCGAACGGGCUGGUGAAAGGCCACGCAUACUCAGUGACUGCAGUGAAGAAGGUGCGUUUGGGUCACGGGCUGCUGGCCUACUUCAAGAACGAAACCAUUCCUCUGAUCCGCAUGAGGAACCCCUGGGGCAAGACUGAGUGGAAAGGAGCCUGGAGCGACAGCUCUGAGGAAUGGUCAAAAGUCGGAGAUACAGAGAGAGGCCACCUUGGCAUCACAGUAGAGGAUGAUGGGGAGUUCUGGAUGUUUUUCACAGACUGGUGCAAGUACUUCACAGAUGCAGAUGUUUGUCGCCUCAUCAAUACUUCUGUGAUCAGUAUCCAUAAGACGUGGCAUGAGGCCGUGCACUUUGGGAGCUGGACCAAAAACGCAGAGCCGCUGUUAAACCGCUGCGGUGGCUGUGCUAACCACAGGCAGACAUUCCUGCAGAACCCGCAGUACUUGUUUGAUGUUACAAAGGAGGUCGAUGAGGUCCUCAUCUCCUUGCAACAGAGAGACAUGAAGAUCCACAGAAAAGUUGGUCAAGGAGAAAAUCUAAGCAUUGGCUUCAGUGUUUUCAAGGUGGAACUGAACAGGAAGUACCGGAUGCAUGACAUCCUGACCCAACAGUGUGUGGAGACGUCCACCUACAUCAACGCUCGCACAGUGUUUCUGAGGAGCAUGCUGCCACAGGGCCGCUACGUCCUCAUGCCCACCACCUUCAAGCCUCAGACGCUGGGGGAUUACAUGAUCCGAGUUUUCACUGACGUGGCCUCAGACUGCAGGGAGCUGACAGAGGAUAAACCAAGAGUAAGAUGCUGGAGUUCAUUCCUUGGAUACCCACAAGCCGUGAGUCACGUCUACGUCCACGGAGCUGAGGGGCUGCAGAACCAGGACAGUGCAGGAGGUGCAGACCCCUAUGUGAUCAUCUCCUGCGAGGGCCGGUCCGUAAAAUCUGUCAUCAAGAGGGACACCUUGCAACCAGAGUUUGCAACCAGCGGCAUUUUCUACAGGAAGAAGCCCAGAAAGCCCAUAACUGUGGAGGUGUGGAACAGCAACGCAGUAAAGGACGAAUUUAUGGGCCAAGUGGUGUUGUCCGGGUUGGUGAAGGACACCUCUGACCCUCAGAGGCUUCAGCUGAGGAAGAGCGGGCGGCAGAUGGCAGACGAGAUGCCCGGCAACAUCAGCCUCAGGAUCAUCACGUCUACUCAGCUGACCGCCAUAUGACCUCGCCAGUGGCCUGAGAGAAGCCUGAGUCUUUAUCAGUGCUAAACUAUGGGGUGAACAUCUUGUGAAACUCGACACGUGGCAUCAUCGAGGAACCAAAAGCAGCAGCGGUUCGACCGGUUUACCACUGGAUGCUCGUGUGGGAGUGGAAUUUUACACUAUUAAUUGCACGUUGGUGAAAUACAUGCAAAGUGAGAGGUGAGCUGGGCACUAGUGGACAGACUGAAUGUCAAUUCCUCUUAUUUUUAUCCAAAUGUUUACUCUUUUUAAGCAUCUUAAUUGUAUUUGAAAUCAUUUUUGUGUAACUUAUGACACAUUUUUAUAUCAACGUUUUGCAAGUUGCUUGUAAAGAUAUCAGAUGUUACACCAUAGAUACUGUGAGUGAUGUGGCAGUAAAUUGUCACACAAGUCUUAUACAUUAUACAUUUGUCCUCCAGAUUCACCUUUAUGCACAAAAACUUACCACAUGUAUGACGCAUAAUUCAUGUAUUUUUCUUGAAUGCAUCUUUGGCUCCUUUCUACCGUCUGUUCAUAUCAUCAUGUUUUAUUCUCAUGACAAUAAAGAAAAUGCAGAACCCUG